AUGUACUCCCCUCCCUUGAGACCUAUAAAUAGAGGCUCGAGCUGCACCUCUCCCUUGCCCAACACAAACUACUUAGUAGCACCUCUGCCUUUCACCUUUUUCAGAGCAGAAAGUAAUGGCAAGGCUAUCAGACCCGCUGGUGGUAGGUCGGGUGAUCGGGGAAGUGAUCGACACAUUCAACCCGAUUAUGAAGAUGAUUGUGACCUACAACUGCAACAAGCUGGUUUGCAAUGGCCAUGAGUUGUACCCCUCUGCAGUGGUGAGCAAGCCCAGGGUGGAGGUCCAAGGAGGUGACAUGAGAUCCUUCUUCACGCUGGUUAUGACAGACCCAGAUGUGCCGGGGCCGAGUGAUCCGUACCUGAGGGAGCAUGUCCACUGGAUCGUGACUGACAUUCCUGGCACGACCGAUGCUUCUUUUGGUGGGACAAUGCCCGCUCCACUCUGCGUCACUCGGAAGGAGGUGCUGAGCUACGAGAGCCCUCGUCCGAGCAUCGGAAUCCACCGAUUCAUCUUCGUGCUCUUCCAGCAGAAGCGGCGGCAGUCGGUGGCGGCGGCGCCGGCGACGAGAGACCGUUUCAGCACGCGGCGGUUCGCGGAGGACAACGACCUGGGGCUCCCGGUGGCGGCCGUCUACUUCAACGGGCAGCGGGAGACGGCAGCGAGGCGGCGCUGACGGGGUGCGCGCGCGCACGCGAGCGGCAGCGCAGUGUAGUGUGGGAGCUGUGCGUCCGUGUCAUUGGGCAUUAGAUUUACUAGCAAAGUCAGGUGUCUUUGUCUGCCAAAUAAGUGAAGCUAUUGCUUUAUAGAUGUGGUGUUGGAAUUGGAGUGAGAUCGAGCAGCAUGUAAUGUGUCGAGUGUUUGCGUGUGGGUCUAUUGGAGGGUUCGCCUGGUCGCCUUACGUGUCGACAAGGGCAGGCAAAGCGUAGACGCCCACUUGGGAUGUCUCGAUCGCUUUGCCAACGUUUUUCUUUCCCUUUAAAUUUGAUUGGAGCAUGUUCACGGUCA